AUGGAAUAUCGCUACCUCGGAAACAGCGGCCUCAUGGUCUCGGCUCUCUCCCUCGGGGGCUGGGUCACCUAUGGCAACCCUGAGAUUGCCCAAAAGUGCAUGAAGGCCGCCUUUGACCUGGGCAUCAACUUUUUCGAUACCGCCGAGGUCUACGCGGGAGGACAAUGCGAGAUCGAUAUGGGAGUCGCGAUCCGCAAGUUUGGCUGGGCCCGUUCAGACCUCGUCAUCUCCACAAAGCUCUUCUGGGGCGGCAAGGGCCGUAACGAACGCGGACUCUCUCGCAAACACAUCAUCGAGGGCACCGAUGCGUGUUUGAAGCGUCUGCAGCUGGACUAUGUCGAUCUGUUGUAUGCCCAUCGUCCAGAUCCAGACACCCCUAUGGAAGAGAUUGUCCGGGCGUUUAACCAUGUUAUUAACCAGGGCAAGGCGUUCUAUUGGGGCACUUCUGAGUGGAGUGCUCAGCAGAUCACGGAGGCGCAUGCUGUUGCUGGUCGCUUGAACUUGAUUGCUCCCCUGAUGGAGCAGCCACAGUACAACAUGUUCCACAGAGACCGCGUCGAGAAGGAGUACCUUCCCCUCUUCAAGAACUACAAGAUGGGCGCUACCAUCUGGUCCCCCUUGGCCUCAGGUCUCCUCUCGGGCAAGUACAACGAGGGCAUCCCCGGCGACAGUCGUCUGGCCCUUCAGGACAAUGCGGUGAUGAAGCGACUCCGGGACGCGCUCGACACGGAGGAUGGACGGGUCAAGAUCACCAAGGUCAAGAAGCUUGCCAAUAUUGCCAAGCAAUUGGACUGCACGACUUCUCAAUUGGCCUUGGCCUGGUGUUUGAAGAACCCCAACAUCUCGUCGGUGAUUACGGGUGCUUCCAAGCCCUCGCAACUUGAAGAGAAUGUCAAGGCUUUGGGGAUUGUUCCCUUGUUGACGGAGGAGAUUAUGGCGAGUUUGGAGGAUAUCCUUGCCAACAAGCCUGCCCUUGACUACAACUUCCGUACAACCGGCUUCCUGGCGAUGUUCACGACCACCAUUAUUUUAUUGUCGCUGUUGUUCUCGUCGAUCGCAGAGGCGACGGCUUUGACCUACAAUGUAGGAGCUCAUGAGCGGGCCUGUUUCUACGCCUGGGCUGAUGUUCCUAAGAAGAAACUUGCCUUCUACUUUGCCGUUCAAUCGGGAGGAUCAUUCGAUAUUGACGUCGAUGUCCGCGACCCCAACCAAAAGCAAAUGCUCUCCCUCGAAAAAGAACGCCAAGGCGACUUUGUCUUCACGGCUAACGAAAUCGGCGAAUACUCCUUCUGUUUCUCCAACGACAUGUCGACCUUUGCCGAAAAAGUCGUCGAUUUCGAAAUCACCAUCGAGAACGAAAAACGCACCGCCUCGCUUUCCCAGGCCGAAAAGGAAAAGUCCAAGGGACCCCAGGCACAGACGGAUGCGAUGGAUGAGUCGUUGUUUAGGUUGACGGGGGAGUUGUCGAGGAUUGAUAGGAUGCAGAAGCAUUUCCGGACGAGGGAGAAUCGGAAUUUUUCGACAGUGAUCUCGACAGAGUCGAGGAUCUUUUGGUUCUCGCUGGUGGAGAGUGUGAUGAUUGUUGGGAUGGCGAUGGUGCAGGUUUAUGUGGUGAGGACUUUUUUUAGUGGGUCCAGACGGACUCAUGUCUGA